AAGUUCCAUCGGAAUUGACGAACGGUUCGUGAUAAUCGUCCGUGAAAACAGACAGUAGACAUUGAACGUGGAAUAAAUUGUUUAUUUAUUUAUAAAUCAAGCAUCGAUAAAAUGUAUGGAAACGAAUCAAACGAACACUCGUAAGAUUCCUAGCGUCAGUUUCUUACAACAGUUACAGUAUUGCCAAGUGUUGCAAAUCGAAAGCAUCACGUGUAAAGUGUAAUUUAUUUCUCCAAACAUAGCGAAUGGGAAUGUUUGUGUUUCAUUUUUCAUUUAUUUGGAAUUAUGUACAGAGUAGCAUCGAUUAAACGUGAAUAAAUUUAUGUAUAUACAUAUAGUAUGUCAGAAACUAGACUUGACAUGGAUAUUGAUAACCAAAGUGAAGACGGAGAAAUAAAAAAAAGCCCCUCAAAGGAUAUGGAAGAUUUUAGCUUUUCAGAGGAGGACGGUGGAGAUACCGCUGAUUCUUUGGAUAUAAAACCACCGCAGGCUGUUGUUCGUCAUUACAAAUCUAAUUCUUCGAGGAGACGGGAUAAGCAUGGUGAUAGGAGAGAUCGUAGGGAAGAAAAAGAACGAAAGUCACGGCAUCACGAACGCGGGGAAGACAGGCAUAGAGAUAAACACAGACAUCGUAGACACGGCAUGGACAUUUUAGAGAGAUCAGAUCGUUCCGACGGUUCUAAAAGGGAUAGGGAAAGAUUAGAAAGGUUGGAGAGAAUGGAAGGCCAUAGAGAAAGAGAAUCUAGGCACGAUAGGAAAGAGAGAAGUACAGGUGAUCGUGUUUUGGAGGAUUUGAGAGAGCGAUUACUGGACAAAAGACGAGAAAGGCGAGAAGAUUCACGAGACAUGCGAGAUUACAAAGUAGAAACUCGUCGGGAAAUUCGUAUAGAAGAUACUCGCGAGUUACGCGAAUCGCGCGAGCGUAGAGAAAUACGAUUAGAAGACAUGCGAGAACGUCGCGAAGUACGUACCAUCGCGGAUGACGUUAGAGAGCGCCGUGAGAUACGCAUAGAGGAUCACAGACACAUGAGAGUAAUGGAGGAGCAAUACUCGGAAACAGAGCUGAUGGAACGACCUGAAAGAAGUGAGAAACGACACAAGAGAUCUCAUAAGCACGAUCGACUUCGUGAUAGAGACAGAGAAAAAGCGGAACGUGAAAAAGAGCAUAGAGAGAAACAGUUACGCGAAGCGAUGGAAAUUGUUACGGAGGACGCUGAUGAUAUGGAAAUCAAUGAGAUACCGAUGCAACCAAAGGAUCCAAAGGAAAUGACCGAGCAAGAGCUUCGAAAGGAAAGAUUGUUAGAAGCUGACAGAGAAAUGGCCAGGAGGAAAGAAGUCUCCAGAUUAGAAUUGCAAGCGCGACGAAUGAAAAGAGGAGAAAAACGACCAUUAAGCCCUGAUAACAAUCAAGAUCCGUCUGUCGUAGAACUUUCAGAUGAAAGUCCAAGCCCGGUUCAUUCGGACGAAGUUCGUUCUAAAUCUAUCGAGUCCAGACAUUCAUCCGACGGUCAAAGGAGUAUUCGUGAAAGAUCUUCAGACAGACAUUCUUCUGAUUCAUCAGAGUCUAGCAGUGAGGACGACGAUGAGUCGAACGAUUCGAAUAAAGGUUCUAACGCUGACUCCAAUGAUGGUUCCGAUUAUAAUAAUCCAAGCCCGUUAUCCGUGGAUCGGUUAGCCAAAUCGGAUCACUCAGACGGAGAAUCACCUGGUCACGUUGAUUCGAACGGCGCGACAAAGAUUGUCGAGGAAGAGGAGAAGAAAGAAGAGGAGCCUGAAUUGCCACCGUAUUUACCAGCGAUUCAAGGUUGUAGAAGUGUGGAAGAAUUUCAGUGUUUGAACCGCAUCGCGGAGGGUACUUACGGUGUAGUUUACAGAGCACGAGACAAACGUACGGAUGAAAUUGUUGCUCUUAAGCGAUUAAAAAUGGAGAAGGAAAAAGAGGGAUUCCCGAUUACCAGUCUUAGGGAGAUAAACACUUUGCUACAGGCACAGCAUCCAAAUAUCGUUACUGUCAGAGAAAUAGUGGUCGGUAGUAACAUGGAUAAAAUAUUUAUUGUAAUGGAUUAUGUGGAGCAUGAUUUGAAAUCAUUGAUGGAAACAAUGAAACAAAAGAAACAAGUUUUUAUACCAGGAGAGGUUAAGUGUCUUAUGCAACAAUUACUGCGAGCAGUUGCACAUUUGCACGAUAAUUGGAUACUGCAUCGAGAUUUGAAAACGUCGAAUUUGUUAUUAAGUCAUCGCGGUGUUUUGAAGGUUGGUGAUUUUGGUUUAGCUAGGGAAUACGGUUCUCCUCUAAGACAGUAUACCCCGAUUGUUGUAACACUUUGGUACAGAGCUCCUGAAUUACUGCUUAGCGAGAAAGAAUAUAGUACUCCGGUCGACAUGUGGUCAGUUGGGUGUAUCUUUGCAGAGUUACUAAGAAUGGAGGCACUGUUCCCAGGUAAAUCUGAAAUUGAUCAAUUAAACAGGAUAUUCAAGGAACUGGGUACACCGAAUGAUCGUAUAUGGCCAGGAUACAGUAAACUACCAAUGGUGCAAAAGAUUCCAUUUGCUCAUUAUCCUGUAAACAAUUUAAGGCAACGUUUUAGUUUGUCUCUCUCAGAUUUGGGUAUCGAAUUAUUAAACAAGUUUCUCACUUACGACCCUCAACAACGAAUAUCAGCAGAAGAUGCUGUGAAACAUGGUUAUUUUACAGAAGCACCUUUACCGAUAGAUCCACAAAUGUUUCCUACGUGGCCGGCCAAGUCAGAGCUUGGUUUGAGAACGGCAAAUGCUUCACCGAAACCGCCAAGCGGUGGAAAAGAGUAUAAACAAUUAGGAGACGGUGACGAUGCUGAUUUAAGUAAUUCCGGUUUUCACAUGGGUCUUAUGGAAGGUGGAAGACAACCGCCUGUCGGUGGUGGUUUUCAUUUAAAGUUUUAGAUACAUACGACGAAUUCUCUGCGAAUUGAAAUAACAGUGAUUGCUUUCUAGUUGGUUGAAGAAAAGAUCAACAACAGCAUACUCUUUUACAUUUAUUUAUUACUGAUAACCUUUUAUUAAGCUCCAAAGAUUUUUGGAGUUUACAUGAUAAAUAAAACGCAAUUUAAUUACCACUGAAUUUUAUGAAAUAUAUUACUGUUCAUAAAAUA